AUCAAAAAAGAGAGCGAGUUGGAUACCACGAGCUCCAAGGUCCCUUCCAGCCUUAAAUCUAUGGAAUUGGUUUGGAUCACGCUUAAUAAAUACCGGCUGAGAUCGUGUGCCAGGGUCAAUUAGCAGAACCCCUCUUGCUUCCCACGUUAGGGUCCUUGGCACAGGGAGGCUUCCUGCCUCCAGUCUUUAAAUGUCGUGUUUACAACUUCUUCGCAGGUGCCAAAGGCUGACAGGUUUUGCUUCGCACUGCAGAAAAGGGGAUGGACUACAAGUCCCAGCGUGCUCCGUGCAGAAGUCCGCACUCACGUGAUCAGCAAGUCAGCUGGUUUAGCAGCUAGAUCCUAAGGUGAGAAGACGGAGCAGCGUGAGCAGCCCUGCCGCCCACGGGUCCCAUAGUGCCAUUCCGAAGGCAGCUAGCCCUUGGUCAUGCUAACACUGACUACUGCCCAUAGGACACACAUUUCUCCCAUGCCUGUUGGGAAAUGAGGUGGUGAUUGAGAGCAAAAGGCAGAGACCAGCAUCGGACGGAGGGCCCAUGUGGCUAUGGCUCAGACCAGUAUGGUCAUCAACAGUGACUAUGGGGAUUGGAGUUGGAGUUCAGAUGCCGGAGAGCGAGCUCGCCUCCUACAGAGCCCCAUCGUGGAUGGAGUCCCAAAAGGGGAGGAGGAGGAGUCAGGAGCCACAAACGGGGCCACCACCUCCACAUUGGGAGCUGUCUUUAUUGUGGUCAAUGCCUGCCUGGGUGCUGGCCUACUAAACUUCCCUGCUGCCUUCAGCACAGCUGGGGGAGUGGCAGCUGGAGUCUCCCUGCAGAUUGGCAUGUUGGUCUUCAUCAUCAGUGGGUUGGUCAUCCUGGCAUAUUGCUCCCAGGCCAGUAAUGAACGAACCUACCAGGAGGUGGUGUGGGCAGUCUGUGGCAAACUGACUGGGGUACUGUGCGAGGUCACCAUUGCUGUGUAUACUUUUGGUACCUGCAUUGCCUUCCUCAUCAUCAUUGGGGACCAGCAAGACAAAAUUAUUGCUGUAUUGGUAAAGGAGUCGGAAGAGGCAGUCAACACCCCCUGGUAUACAGACCGAAAAUUCACCAUCAGCCUCACCGCUUUUCUCUUCAUUCUUCCCCUCUCCAUCCCCAGGGAGAUUGGCUUCCAGAAAUAUGCCAGUUCCCUGAGUGUCCUUGGCACCUGGUAUGUGACAGCCAUUAUUGUGAUCAAAUACAUCUGGCCCGACAAGGAGAUGUCCCCUGGGGAUAUACCCACCAGACCGACCUCUUGGAUGGCCGUGUUCAAUGCCAUGCCCACGAUCUGCUUUGGAUUCCAGUGCCACGUGAGCAGCGUCCCCGUCUUCAACAGCAUGAGGCAGCCCAAGGUGCAGACCUGGGGCGGGGUGGUGACAGCAGCGAUGGUCAUAGCCCUCUGUGUCUACAUGGGCACAGGCAUCUGUGGCUUCCUAACCUUUGGAGUCAGUGUGAACCCAGAUGUGCUCCUCUCCUAUCCCUCGAAUGAUGUCCUUGUUGCCAUUGCCCGUGUCUUUAUCAUCAUCAGUGUGCUGACCUCCUACCCCAUUCUGCACUUUUGUGGACGGGCUGUCCUGGAGGGCCUCUGGCUGCGAUACAAGGGCCAGAUGGUGGAGGAAGAUGUAGCCAGGGAGAGGCGCCGUCGAGUGCUGCAGACUGUCACCUGGUUCCUACUGACUCUGCUCCUGGCCCUCUUCAUCCCAGACAUCGGGAAGGUCAUUUCCAUCAUUGGUGGCCUCGCAGCCUGCUUCAUCUUCGUCUUCCCAGGACUGUGCCUGAUUCAAGCCAAACUUUCUGAAAUUGAAGAAGUCAAACCAAGCAGCUGGUGGGCACUAGUCAGUUAUGGAGUCCUCAUGGUCACCCUUGGAGCCUUCAUCUUUGGCCAAACCACAACCAAUGCCAUCUUCAUGAAUCUCAUGGCCUGACCGCUCAGCUUGGGACUGGACAGCCAAAGUGGCCUUUUCUGCUGAGACCUUGAAGAACCGCAUCCGAACACUAGCCCCUGGCUAUUACCAGGGGGGAACCAUAUCAUGUCUCAUCUUGUUUGAUCACAUCCCAUCGUCGUUAGUACCCUCAUGAGGCAGAGGGUUGAAGCCUCCUUUCCAAGGGGCUCUUCUGGUCAGAGGACAGUCCUGAGGACUUCCCCAGUCACCAGCAGUGCUGGGGAUGGUGGGGAAGAAUCACCUGUCAGCCCUGAAUCUUCUCAAGGAUCUCCCAUUAUCCCCAUAUCCAAAAUUGAAAUCUAUUUCUUUUACCAGUUGGUAGAGAGGAACAGGAAAAGCCCUGAAGGGAGAACCUAGUUUUACUUCAGUGAGGAGAAAAUCCCUUCCUCUGUUGGAAAGCUUUUUGCAGAAAGAUGGCACAAGGCAGGGAGGCACUUCUGGGAAGGCCUCAUGCUGGGAACACUACAUAGUCACUGAAGCCCUUGUAAGUUCAAGCGUACGGUCCACAUGUGAACCCAGGAGCUCACACAUUUCCAAAAUCAUGUAAAUGAUCAUCCCCAAAUGGAGGACUUUUCCCUGCCCAGAGAGAGGCCAAGCUCAAUUCCAGGCUCCCUCUUUGUUCUGGUAAACAUCUUUACACUAUCCAUGAGUUAUACUCGGGCCUUUUGGAACCUUGGCUCUUCCUCCCAGCAUCAUGUAGACUGGAACCAAGGAAGAGUAAAGACCACUAAUCCAUGGCCACUGAGACAACUCCAUCUCACUACAUUCCAGAGGGGCUUGAAGAGGCCAGGGCUGGGCUUCUUGGUCUCAUUCAGCCCCAGAAUCUCACUAAGUCUAAUGUUUACAGAGACUAUUGGGCUUCCCUGUGUGCAGGAGGGAGCCAACACAUGUUAAUGGUGCUUCAUGUAUUUCCAUCUGUUACCUCCAGGUUGGAAAUUCUCUUCCCUCUCAAAUUCCAAAUUGGCAUUUCCUUAAAGAGUAGAAAGGAGGAGAGGAUAGCAAGAUAGCUGUUUAAGCUUCCUUUGUUCUCAGAAGCUCCCAGCCCAUGUUCUCUUGCUGUUCUCUGCCUAAACUUCCAUUUGCUAUUUUAUUUAAGGGUGAAUACAGCCCCUAGGUGGGAAAAGAUCUAUCUGGCAUUGGACUGUCAAUGGGAGCUGUGACACUGGUCAUAGAAGAGGAUCAGAGCCCCUCUCUCUGCAGCCUGGCAGAUUACAAAGCAGUCAUGAUUUUCCAUGCCUAGAGAGCAUCCUUCCUGUGCCAUGGUCCCCUUCAUUGGAUUUCCUCUUGUAUCUGGUGAAAAGGGGCAGUCAGCUCUUGAGCCAGUCCCCUGCCCUCCCUUAGACCCCACUGGCAAACAGAUCCUAGUCUGGCAUCCUCAUGAGAUAGAUAGCGUUGAGAACAUUGUAUUCGAUUCUUUGGGGGCAUGAGAUGAAGGAUGAAGUCCCCAGAAGGGUAGAGCCAGGCUUCUAAGAAUUGUAGGAUUUUAAGAUUUUCCAUCUCAGUCAACUCAUGCUAUCCAUUUACCUUUGUGUCAGUGUCUGUGACUUCAUUAAGCCAUGUGGCUUUGGGGCCCUUCAGCAGCCCCUGCUUGCUUUGAUAAUCUCAGGAAGACCAAGGGUCAUAAACUAGAGCUCUAGAUCCACCACCCUUCCGAGGCAGAGAGGCUGCCAACAGCUAUUGCCCCAAACCUCUCCAGCUCACCAAUUGGUUUUUCCAUGCUGAUGGAUCCAGAAGGAGUUGGUUUAUAGAGAGUAGUCUUCCCCUUAAGAACACUGUACUCUCGAAGGUCCAGCUAAGGACCUGGUCCUCCCUCUUUCCAAAUAAACAACCUGAGCUUUGAGGUUCGAUUGUGUGGGAAGCCAAGAUUGGGUAACAGGCCUCAGUCUCCUCCCAUUCUUUCCUCCUUCCUCUAACCUGUAAUACAGGCCCAACUUCUUGCCAAGGUGUGGGCUUUUAUCUUCUCACCUGGCACUGCCAGUGGGGGAAGUGAUCUGCUCUAGCCACCCUUGUCUGCUGCCCCUUUACAGAGUUGAGAUGAGAGCAGGGGUGAGGAGAUUCCAAUCCCAGACUGAGUAUGUCAAGUCAGAAAGGAGGAUACAUUCUGGCUCACCUCCCAGUGUUCUCACUCUGCCUCCCCCCAUCUGUGAUUUUUACUGGGGUUUUUCUUCCUGCCCAUGUACCCUCAGCCAUGAGAAAACAUAAUAAAAGGGAACUUGUGCUGCUGA